AUGCUAGCGAGUCAUGGGAUCGCAAGUCUUGCAGUAGACGGCAAUCGUAACUCCAGUUACUUUCAAAGAUCGUGUACACAUACUAAGAAACAGAACGAUCCGUGGUGGUACGUUGAUUUGCAACGGCUACGAGUCGUACAGAAAGUUCUUGUCACAAAUCGUAAAGAUUGCUGUGUGAACCGUCUUGAUGGCAUGGAAGUGUGGAUUGGUAUCGACAAUAUCCCGACAUUUACUAAUGCUCUCAAUACAAGAUGUGGAGUUAUAUCAACAGUCGGAGGCGGAGAAACUGUGACAGUCAAUUGCUCAGCAAACACUGUGGGCCAGUAUGUGAUCAUUCGCAUUCCAGGAAGGAACAAGACACUAACUUUAUGUGAAGUUGAAGUGUAUGAAGCAUGCACUCGUCAACCUAGAUGUGUAAACAGCGGAUGUAAGCGUGGUAAGAAUGCUAAUGUUGCUCUUGGAAGACCUACUCGUCAGUCAAGUAAUUUCAACUCAAUUUCCAUUUCAGCCAAAGCUGUUGACGGUGGUUUCGGAACUAAUAUUAUCUACUGCAUUCACACGCAAAUGCAAACAGAUCCGUGGUGGUAUGUGGAUCUUGGCUGUGAAAGAACAGUUGCCAAGGUGACAGUCACUAACCGCGGAGAUUGCUGUGGAGAACGUCUGAACGGGUUCAAGAUAGCUGUGGGAAAUGACAUAACGUUUGGAGGAACGAGGAAUGCUCCAUGUGGCAUUGGAUACAGUGUAAGCGUUUUUAGGCGUGUUGAAAGCAAAUUGACAAGGAAACAGACAUCAACAGUUAAUUAG